AUGGAUACGCGGGCGAUCGCUUCGUACGGGUGUUCGAUGACGACGACGACGCGUCACGCGCGAUUCGUGAGUUCCACGGUGACGGUGAUGCGGCGAACGGGACGAGACGGACGCCGGCGAUGGAUGCUGACGCGCGCGGCUGACGCGGCGGAUGGCGCGGCGGAUGACGCAUUAGAGCGUUUGCGCGAGAAGAUUUCGAAAAUGCCCUCGCCGUUAGAGCUGAGAAAGGCAUUGGAGGAGGCGGGUAGGAUCGUUGAAGAUGACGACCUGGGCACGGAUGACUCUGCCAAGGUGUCCCUGCACGCGGUCGGGCCCAUGAUAGUGGGCGUCGCCGCGGCGGCGAGUGGCUUGGGGAUGGGGAAAAUUCUGGUGUCGGUCGUGUUCAACGAUUUCUGUGCCAGCCUCGCGGUGUCGGUGUUGCUCCUGUACACGGGUGCGGCGGGACGACUGGCAGAAGUCGUGCUCAAUUCGACAGCUGACUUCGUACGACCGACGCAUGUGAACAGCCUGUGGUGGAUCUCUCUUUUUCUGAAGCGUUCAGUCGUAUACGUUCAGCGCCUAAUUAGAAUCACGCUGCUCUGGAACCUAGGGAAUCAGAUAUGGUCCUUAAUACCGCUCGGAGUUGACCUGGUGGCGUUCGACCCCAUCGAAUCCGAGGGAGCGAACCACCUUCACUCGCUUUGUUGUACGGUUUUCGACGCGAACAAGGAUGGGAUCGUCACCACGACGGAAGUUCAAAUGUGGUUCGUCUCCAAAACGCUCCGCUUACUGCGAUUCUUCAGCUUCUUGGAAAUCUUCAAAUGGUUCAUGCACCUUAAAUCGCCUCCAAACAUCGAGGAGCAGCGGAGUAGAGGCCACGUGUAUGAUCGCGAAGACUUCGUCUCGCAAGCGCUCAGGCAUCACUACGCGGGUCUGCGCGGAACUCGAGGGGUGUCUUGGGAACAACAAGCUCGCAGUGCGCUCAUCGACAAGACAUUGUCUGUGGCUGCGUAUCUGGCGGUGAUUUACUGGUGUCUGACCGCUUUGGGCGUAAACUUGACUGGUAUUCUAGCCGUCGGUGGGGUGUCCGGUAUCGCUGUUGGCUUCGCUGCGCAGAAGCUUGUUAGUAACUGCAUCGGAGGAAUCCUCAUUUUCGUCACUCAGCCGUUUGUGGAGGGCGAUCACGUCGCUUUUGGCUCAAUUGAAGGACGAGUCGAAAUGGUCGGUUGGCACUCCACGAGAAUUUCUUCCCUAGAGGAUGGCUUCUCUUUCAUCGUUCCUAAUACGGACGUUCUCGGCUCUGCGCUACGAAACUUAUCUCGCAGAGAGUACAUUCCGAUCAAAAUCAAGGUACCCUUCCCUGAGGCGAUCAAGAGUAGAAAAGGCAUGGCGACGUUCGUUGAAGAAAUCAGGAGCCUCGUCAUGGACACCGUCGAUGCUUACAGUGUUCGCACACCGACGGUCGAUAUGAAAUUUGAUGAUCUCAAACCGCACAUCAGCAUUAAAGCGUUCAUCAACAGUUCAAAAGACAAGAAUCGGGCCGCGGAUUUGCGGACGAAGCUGAUGCUAGAGAUCCAGGAGAAAUGCGACGACUCGACGAGAACGACGUCCUUCUCUAGCAGUGAUGAAUAA